UCAGUCGGGGACUUCACAGACCAGGUGUACCGCGCUGUAAAGCUACCCGGUCGGGCUGAUCGUCGCAGGAUUUGAUCAAUCACUAAUGUGACAAUUCAUAGUCAGGAUUUGAUAAAUCACUAAUGUGACAAUUCACAGACAGGAUUUUGUAAAUCACUAAUGUGACAAUUCAUAGUUAGGAUUUUAUAAAUCACUAAUGUGACAAUUCAUAGUCAGGAUUUGAUAAAUCACUAAUGUGACAAUUCAUAGUCAGGAUUUGAUAAAUCACUAAUGUGACAAUUCAUAGUCAGGAUUUUGUAAAUCACUAAUGUGACAAUUUUUAGUCAGGAUUUUGUAAAUCACUAAUUAGACAAUUCAUAGUGAGGAUUUUGUAAAUCACUAAUGUGACAAUUCACAGUCAGGAUUUUAACGAAUCACUAAUUUGACAAUUCAUAGUCAGGAUUUUAUAAUAAAUCACUAAUGUGACAAUUUAUAGUCAGGAUUUUAUAACUUACUAUCGUGACGAUUUAUCAUCAAGGUUUUAAAUAUCAUUAACAUAAAAAAAAAAUUUCAAAUGAUUUCUUAGCUAUUAGCACGGCACAUAUGUCUGAUUCAACAACCAAAACAAAGAAGUAAAUCUUUAAUGUGUAAGUUCAACAUGUGUUUAAUGUGUAAGUUCAACAUGUGUUUAAUGUGUUAGUUCAACAUGUGUUUAAUGUGUUAGUUCAACAUGUGUUUAAUGUGUUAGUUCAACAUGUGUUUAAUGUGUUAGUUCACAACAUGUGUUUAAUGUGUAUUUUCAUCAGGAUUGGUUACCAUUCAAGAAUUCCGUAAAGGAAUAGCAGCAAGGAUAUUCUACAGUCACUUUAUCAUGUAAAGCGAGUACCCCUGAAGUUGCAUGUGUUCCCUAUGGCUGCACAUCUGUUUCCGGUCAUCUUCAUACUGGUGACGGUGUACCACUGCGCAUGCGUCAACUCUGCUCUAGCAGACGGCGGUGUAGCAGACGAAGAUCGAAAACGAGGCAAGAACAAUCUCAGCAACGACCGAGGAGACAGUGGGGUCUUUCACGAUUUAGGACGCGAGCACUCGGAGUCACUGGACUCCUUGAACUCGACUCUGACUCCUGACCGAGUCACCAAUGUCAGCGCGAACCUCUCGGAAGACGGCAAUGACUCCAUUGCUGUGACACAGAAGGAAAAACCAAGGAAAAAAGUUAAGGGUCAAAAUAUAAAACAAACCACGGACAAAAAUGUUAAGCCCAAGCGCAAAAAUGCAACAACAACUACGGGCAAAAAUGUAAAAAAUCGAGAUAAAAAGAAACCGCCGAAAGAACCAGUGGAAGAAAGGAAGGAGAUCACGGAUAUCACAAGGAGACUAAGAUCGUUGUAUACUAAACCAAAAAAAAAAUGUCCAUGCGACGACUGGGAUCCUCGCAUCAAAUGGACCUCUGACCCCUCACGUCAAAUGGUCAGCGUGGAUUUCUGUGACGAAAAGAGAAAAGCAAUCGAUGACGUGAAAGUCAGGCUCUAUCGACAGAAUGAGAAUACGCGAUCUAUAUUAAAUGAUACUUUACUGGAGACUCCAUCAUGCCAGAUCAAUUUCACUGGUUUGGAAAAAGGUGACUACGUUAUAGAGUUAAGAGGUGAAUGUCUUGGCUGCGAGUUAGUAAACGGUUACCAACACCCCACUCCUUUGAUGGAGUUUGGUAAAUUCACAGUCAACGUAGAAUGUCCAUGCGACGACUGGAAGCCUCACAUCAAUUGGACCCUUGACACCUCAGGUCAAAUGGUCAGCGUGGAUUUCUGUGACGAAAAGAGGAAAGCAAUCGAUGGCGUGAUAGUCAGGCUCUAUCGACGGAAUGAGAAUACGCGAUCUAUGUUAAAUGUUACUAUACUGGAGACUCCAUCAUGCCAGAUCAAUUUCACUGGUUUACAGAAAGGUGACUACGUUAUAGAGCUGAGAGGUGAAUGUCUUGGCUGCGAGUUAGUAAACGGUUACCAACACGCCACUCCUUUGAUGCAGUUUGGUAAAUUCACAGUCAACGAAACAGAGGAUCAAACAAUUUUACGUCCACUGCCUGUGUUGGAAGAAAAAGAUGGCAUAAGUUCCACCAUCUUGGUCGGCGUUUUGGGUGCUGUCCUCGCUGUUGUUGUCAUUGUUAUCACAGUUUUGGCUUAUAAAUUAUGUAAGAGGAAGGAAUCAACCAGUUCUUCAGGUACAAGGUCACCAGAUGAGCAGAGUUUCACCGAGUCACUGAUGGGACAUGCGGAGGUUUCUGACUGUUGUACACCGAAUGUGCCGGAUGACAGUCGUGGACUGAACGUGCAGAAUGACAGUGCUGACAGCCUGGCUCAGUGUGACAGCUGUGACAUCAUGUGUGAACGUGACCAUGCGGACAGCCGACAAGCAGACCACACUGUCACACCUGUCAGUAGCCGCCAUGUCGCACAUGGCAUUGAGACAGGUCAAAGGUCUCUAACCGACACAGGUUUAGCUGUACACAACCUGAUGCAGUUACCAAGGACAACGACACACGAUCAAAGUUUGGAUGGCAAAGUUCCGGUUGAACAGGAACUAAAGGUUUUUCGCUGCACUGACCCUUCGUUGAACGGCAGUUGUAUUACACUGAAUGUGGCGGAUCUGUGUGGUAACUCCACAUCUGGCUGUAGCCCUGAUGGUACCUCAGAUAAAAACCAAAGUCUCACACAGAGCAGUAGUACGUACAAUGCACCAGGAAGCCGCAUGUACGAUGCACCCGGCAGUAGCACGUACUAUGCACCAGGCAGCCGCAUGUACGAUGCACCAGGCAGUAGCACGUACUACGCACCAGGCAGUAGCACGUACAAUGCACCAGGCAGACGCAUGUACGAUGCACAUGAAAGUAGCAAGUACAAUGCACCAGGAAGGUGCACGAAUGAUGCACCACGCAGCAGCAGCUACGGUGAAAAUGACAGUAUGUUAGGUGAGCGGUUUGAGGACUAUAUCAUACGUGACAUGAACCAACCCAAGUUCGGGAUAUUGAGACAGCCGAAUGACAUGAACCAACCCAAGUUCGGGAUAUUGAGACAGCCGAAUGACAUGAACCAACCCAAGUUCGGGAUAUUGAGACAGCCGAAUGCCCAAGUGAAAAACACAUUUUCUGUAUCGUUACCAUACAGACUGUUGGGAUUAAACCAGUUCGAUACAAACUGUUAGGGUUAAACCAGUUCGAUGGAAACUCUUUGGAUUAAAUCCGUUUGAUUCAUUCUGCUGGGAUGAAGUCAGUUCGAUACAAACUGUUUGGAUUAAACCAGUUCGAUAAAUAUUGGAAGUGUAAUUAGACUGGAUGCCCUGACUUAUCUAAAACGCGUUUGGUCGAUUGGCCGAAUAAGUAGUGGUCAGUUGGCCGAAUAAGUAGUGGUCAGUUGGCCGAAUAAGUAGUGGUCAGUUGGUCGAAUAAGUAGUGGUCAGUUGGCUGAGUAAGUAGUGGUCAGUUGGUUGAGUAAGUAGUGGUCAGUUGGUCGAAUAAGUAGUGGUCAGUUGGCUGAGUAAGUAGUGGUCAGUUGGCUGAGUAAGUAGUGGUCAGUUGGCUGAGUAAGUAGUGGUCAGUUGGCUGAGUAAGUAGUGGUCAGUUGGCUGAGUAAGUAGUGGUCAGUUGGUCGAAUAAGUAGUGGUCAGUUGGCUGAGUAAGUAGUGGUCAGUUGGCUGAGUAAGUAGUGGUCAGUUGGCUGAGUAAGUAGUGGUCAGUUGGUCGAAUAAGUAGUGGUCAGUUGGCUGAGUAAGUAGUGGUCAGUUGGCUGAGUAAGUAGUGGUCAGUUGGCUGAGUAAGUAGUGGUCAGUUGGCUGAGUAAGUAGUGGUCAGUUGGCUGAGUAAGUAGU